CAAGACAUGGCCGAAUCCAGCAUCUGGCGGCUUCGCUGGAACAGGGCCAUUGCUCAGGGGGCCGGAUACCUGCUUGUCGCCAUCAUCUGCCUGGCGAGCGAGCUGCUGAUUUGGGUCCUGAGCCGGACGCUGGCGGCGGCGAGGCUGGAGUUCUUCUCGACCAUUGUGGGCAUGGCGGUGCUUUUUGCGUUGAGCACGGCGAGCUGGGUGAUGUGGAAGAAGACGGACGACUUCUAUCGGAGGUGGCUCAAGACAAGGGUUGACUUUAUCAAUGCUCACCUCGGGGUGGGAUUCUCGGUUCCCAUGAUUAUGCUGGAUCAGGAUGAGAUGCUCAAUGGCGGCGAGAUUGGGCGCGUCAUUUGCUCAUUCAUUGCAACCAACAUCGUCUCUUGGGUGGCAGUAUUCCUCCUCUCCGUGGUGGCAAUUGGUGGAGUUGCAAAACUAACCUCGCAGUCGCCCUCAAGGAAAGGCUCAAUUUGCUCCAAGAAAAGUAUUGCCCCGUCGUCAACAGAUGACAGGGUCAGCUCAACCGAGUUUGAAUAUGAUGCUGAAAUCAAGAGAACAAGAUGCAGCCAAGGUGGUUCCUCCUCGUCUAGCCCCCAGGCUUCAGACACUGAGAAACAAACCCCCGCUCCAGAUCAAGAGACCUCAAACAAUGAGCACCCCGAGCCAUGUUAUCAUGACGAAUCUUCUUCCUGGGGCUUUUUUACAAGACACUUCCCAAUCCUACUGUCGUUGACGCUCGGCUUCCUCGUCGGCAUACCGCUUACGAUUACCAUGCACGAGGAGCGUUUCUUCGAUAGCUUCACACUAUGGUUCAUCUGGAUAUCCUCUGUCAGGUCCCAACGGGCUUUCAAGAAAUCUCAAAUAUGCACCUUUUCCACCACCCUGAAGCGAGGCUUGGCGACACUGAUGAACCCCGUCCUGCUAACCACCUUGUUCAUGACGGGAUACACACGAGCAAAGGCUUCUAUUCUAGGACCAGGAGGCCUUGCCAGGACUUUGAAAAAGUUUAGUGGAGGCAGUCCUCUCUAUGCGCUUUGGACAGCUGCCAUCAGCAACACACCUCUACCUAACAACCCUUCAGGCUGGUACGGCGCGGGCGACGCUGCCCUCUCCAUACUCGAGUGCGGCAUCCUCGUCUGGGGCUUCAAGCUCUCAGAAUGCCGUCGCCAGAUUUUCAGCACUGCCGGCCUUCUCGCCAUCAUACUCUGCACCAUUGCCGCAGCGGCAAACACGUUUCUCUCCGUUCUCGUCAGCCGUGCCAUAGGCCUUCGCGCUUCUGAGGCGCUCAGCUUCGCCGCUCGCAGCACAACUCUGGCCUUAGCGAAGCCUGCCACGGAGGCCAUUGGGGGGAACAGUCCCGUGAAUGCAAUGCUCGUGGUGAGUAACGGCAUACUGGGACAGCUCGUAUACCCCUUUAUCCUAGACAAGCUAGGCGUAAGCAACCAGGACGGCGAUAUUGUAGUCGCCACAGACACUCAAGACUCAGCGACAGAUGAAUCGACACCCAUACAAACACUUUCCAGUCGCAACCCCAUCUCUUCCAGCAUUGACAGCAGCUCCGAUCCCGUCCCCUUCCCCCUAAUUCCCAAGUCAUGGCAUCAAAAUAUCUCAACAGCCGAUAGCCCCGUCACCGUUGCUGCGGGCAUUGCCAUUGGCAUCAAUGGCGCCGCCAUGGGCGUGUCCUACCUCUACGAAACAAGAAGCCGUGCAGCGCCAUACGCAGCCCUCUCCAUGAUGGUCUUUGGCGUCAUGACGGUGGUAUUUACCACUGUGGAGCCAUUCAAGAGCACGCUCAUCAGCCUGGCGAGCCGGUGA